AUGGAUUUAGAUAGCUCCGACGAAGAAAUAUAUUUGUUAGCAAGAUUACUUGAAAUAGAACAUAGGAAACGUAAGCGCAAGCGGAAACAAAUAUGGGUAAAACAUAUUUGGAAAAACAGACUAAUCCAUGGGGAGUUUCACACCAUUUUCGAGGAAUUGAAGAGAGAUAGCCUAAAAUUUUAUGAGUAUUAUCGUAUGGAAUAUUGGCAAUUUUUGAAAUUGACAGAUUUGUUAAGAGUACAUAUAACAAAAAAGACUACAAAUUAUCGUUGCACCAUUACAGCCGAAGAAAGGUUAACGGUAACUUUAAGAUUCCUCAUCACUGGUUGCAGUUUCAAAAACUUGUCAUUUAAUUUUCGAAUGGGAAUUUCUACAGUUCAUUCAAUUAUUCAUGAGACAAUCAGAGUAAUUUGUGAUGUUUUGAUGCCCAUAGUUAUGCAGAUGCCAGAUGAAGAAAUGUGGGAAAAGGUUUCACAAAAUCGGACGCCAGGACAAGAGAAUGAAUUUCACAGCAAUAUAAAUUUAUUAACAGCAAUAACAGACAAUAAUAAUGAAAACAGUUCUAAUAGCGACGCAGUUCUAACCACAAGGAAUAAAUUUAAGGAUUAUUUUUCAUCAAGUGGUGCUUUAGAUUGGCAAGAUCAAGUGGCUACGCGAGUUUCUUAA